UGACGCCAAACAACGGGCUGCCCAAUUCGGGCCACUCAUUCGCCUUGUUCUCAGCCACCACCGAGGUGUUGCUUGUCUGAGUCGUCUGAAAAGAUUCCUCUCAUUGUGUCCCACACCUCUAAACAACCUACGUUCGACCGAAAAGGCGGGAAACGUACAUUAGCCUAGUUCGCCUCCUUGCCGACGCCCUACCGCUUGGGCAUCCGUACAUCUGCUGAACGUGACGCUCCGAGCGAAUCUGCUUGAAAAUCAUGGAAGAGGCUAUCGUUGAGGACGAGGACAAGAAGCAGUUCGACUCCAUUCAGGCUUCGCAAGAUGCGGAGACUGAGCCUGACCCAGACGAGUCCCUAAUCUUGGACAGCGGCAAUGGGAGAGUGUGGCUAGUAAAAGUGCGUGUCUUGGCUGACCUCGCGCCCUCCGUCACGACCCGAUCCCUCUCGCAGAUACCAAGAUACCUCAUGGAGCGUUGGCUAUCUAUCAGAGAGGAUAAUGUCCAUCUGGCAACCAUCCGCGUCUUCCACAACGCAAAGUCCGCAACGGGCAAGUCGCCCCGCAUCCUCCUCGCGCUCCCGCCCGACCCGAACCACCCUGGCCAGAACGAAUGGGAGGGCGACGUGUACGAGUUGGACAUGGUGCAGGAGUCGGUCGAGAACCAGAUUGUCAUCGCCGAACGCGAGAAGGAGCCCCCGCCUGUCCCGGGCACCCGCGCGCGGACGACGGUCCUCACAGGACGGGUAAAGCACGAGUGCAACCUGCGGCCGAUGUUCAGUGACAGGUACAGGCAGCGGCUCAAGAUGCGGACGAUCGCGGCGAACACGCCGAGGAAGCAGAUCAUGCGGAUUGAGGAUGCGGGCGUUGGCGGUCGGGGGAACAUCAACAUGCUUACGAGCGGUGUGGCGAACACGACACCGCUCAGUCUCGGUCAACGAAGACCCAAGCCUGCGAAGGGCCAGUUCGAGCGCAUGGCGCGUAUGCCGCGCAACCAGCUGCUCGACGAGCUCUUCCGGCUCUUCCAGGAGCGCGAGCGCUGGUCCAUCAAGAUCCUCCGCGAUCGGACCCAACAGCCGGAGGCCUACCUCAAAGAGGUCCUCAGCGAGAUCGCCGACCUCAACCGGAGCGGAGAGUUCAACGGCACCUGGGAGCUCAAGGAUACCUUCAGAGGCGAGGGGGUCAAGGCCGAGCAGGUUCCCGGCCCAAGCGGCGGCUUCGGCGCGGGGGCUGGUGACGGCGUCAAGGAUGAAGAUUCGACGACUUCGAUGAGGAUGAUGAUGACGACGAUAUGGAGGAGGUUUCAUGAGCUGGUGCAAAGCUGGUGUGCAUCGCUUCCGGACUUGGUAAUGGUAUUGUAUCUUUAUAUAUUCCCGUCUGCUCGCUUUCUUGCACGCAUAUCAUCAUACACACGCAGUCAUAUAGCAUUUUAUUCAAUAGCAUUCACCGACUAAAUUUUUCAUGUGCGUCUCCACGAAGACGAUGCGUGCUGUAGUGUCUAGUUCAAUGUACAACGAGUUGAUUACAUCCCUGGCUUUGGAUGACGCAGAAGGGUGAUAUUACAUCGGCAAUAGGGUAUACAACGUAAAGACCCUUGACAGCAGUAUACAAACCAGUAUUCGUUAUCAGAACGUC